AUGCUGAAGAAUCCGCGACCACAGUCGGGCCAGGAAUUUGUCUGUCAAAUCUACAAGCUGAUGAGAAGACUGCAGAAGCAUAGAAAUCAGAUCAGCGUCCGGUGGAUCCCCACUAGCGAAGACAACAAACUACUAGGGCUGGCGAAAGAGCAGGCGAGAGCCGCGACGAAAGAAGAUGCCAUCCUGCAAGGACAGGUCCCCAAAAUGAAAUCGACGACUCUAAAGAUCGCGCGUACCCAAGCAAUCCCUAGUAGUAAGCUACCCGAGAGCAUCGGGAAACAUUCGAGACGAGUGGAUAAAGCCCUUCCGGGAAAACACACGCGACAGCUGUAUGACCGAUUAUCGUGGAAAGAAGCAAGCGUGCUGUCCCAGCUCCGCACGGGGAUGGCAAGACUUAAUAGAUAUCUCUUUCGAAUCAAUGCCGCUAAGACAGAUCAAUGUGCAUGUGGACAAGCAAGAGAGACGGUAGACCACUUUCUCUUUCGAUGUCGGAAGUGGACCGCGCGCCGGACGGAAAUGCUGCAAUGUACCCACACUCACCGAAGUAACAUGUCCUUCUUCUUGGGAGGGAAGUCACCCUCCGAUGAUCAAAAGUGGAAGCCGAAUUUGGAAGCAGUGCGAGCGUCAAUACGAUUCGCCAUCGCCACGGGCCGACUUGAGGCCACCUAG